ACUUGACCCCAGUCAAAUUGUCGCUUCCGCGUUUAUUGCCCUGGAAAUAUGCAUCUGAAAGGCCUGCUAGUGCCCGCACGCCGGCCGCGAUUGCUCGUCUGAGCCCUAUUUGAACGUUGCUGACCCGCCGGCUUUGCUCCCUUGACGGCAUCUCGAUCUCUAACCUCUAUUCUUUGCAUUGUCUAAUUGCUAGGCGGUACUCACUAUGUCGAACAAACCAAUCUUUUGCGCCACCCAUCCGAGAGCUUGCUCUACGGCCUUUGAGCGCGUGUUCAUGACCCGUCGGGAUACGCUUCAAACUGUUCAUGAGCCCUUCGGCGACGCCUUCUACUUCGGCCCCGAGAGGCUUCACGAUCGCUAUGAAAAUGACCCCGAAGAGAGGAAGACCAGUGGUUUCGGCGACAGCACCUACCGGACUAUCUUCGAUAACAUUGCACGCGAUGGCGCCGAGGGUAAACGCGUCUUCAUCAAGGACAUGGCUUACUACUGGAUGCCGCCUGACAACAAACCUCCAAGGAUUGCACCUUCUCUUAAUAACUACAAACCCGGAGUCGGAACGAACACUACCGAGCUCUCGCCUGUUACGACGAGGACCGAGAAAGAUGCACCGCCGUACCCUUACCCGACCGAAGGCGAGCCUGGCAACCCCACCGUCCUGCCCAAGGCUCUGUUGUCUCAGUUCCACUUCACCUUCCUGAUCCGGCAUCCAAAGCACAGCAUUCCAAGCUACCAACGCUGCACUACAGCGCCGCUAGACGACAUAACAGGUUGGAACUACGUCGACACCAAUGAAGCGGGUUAUGCUGAACUCCGUCGCCUCUUCGACUAUUUGCGCAAGGAAGGUCUUGUUGGGCCACGUGUCGCUGGACAGAGCACAAAUGGCACAGAUGGCGAGGACGGGAAAGACUCUGGCAUUGAGAUAUGUGUCCUCGACGCAGAUGAUGUCCUUGAUAACCCUUCGGCAAUGAUCGAGGCUUACUGCAAGAGUACCGGAAUCAAGUACGAACCGGAAAUGCUCAAAUGGGAAGAAGAGUACCACCAGAAGUAUGCCAAGGAGGUGUUCGAGAAAUGGAGGGGUUGGCAUGAGGAUGCCAUCAACAGCUCAGAGCUCAAGGCCAGGACGCACAAGAAAACGCCGAAGACUGACGCGCAGCUGUAUGCCGAAUGGAAAGAGAAGUACGGCGAAAAGGCCGCCACUUGGAUCAGAGACACUGUGAAGAAGAACGAGGCGGACUACGACUACUUGAAGCAAUUUGCUAUCAAGCCAGUGUCAAAUUAGUUGCGUGCUUCGCUA